AUGAAUCCAAAGAAAUGGGAGGCUAAUGCUUUAAACACUUUUAAAGUUCUUAAAACCUCUUUUGCGGGGGCGGGGCCAGACCGCCAUGCUGACCGGUCCCAUGCAGGACAGGCUCCUGUUAAGCCAAAAUUUGCAGCCCUGGUACUCGACAUGAGCCCACAAGAUACUCACACGGUGGUGGAAGAGGCAGUGGACCCCGAGAUCGGGAGCUUUGGGUCCCCUGAGGGAAGCACGAAGCUUCGGGAGCUCGGGCUUUUUGAGAGGCUUGCUGAUCCCGGCCCCACCCGCGGAAAGCUCAAGAUGAGUGGAGAAUAG